AAACUUGUGUUCAGACAUGCGUGUCUCAGAGGACUCAAGGACUUUGGAGGGAUCAGCAGUGAGUCAUGGUGAAAAACUUCCCUCCCUCCUUCCUCUCACUCCUCCCUGAAACCCCACUUCCACCAUAGAGUGGGUUUGCGGGGGUCUCUCUCUCUCCCUGACGGACAGCACGGGAGCUUCUGCUGGACCAAUUACCGGGCCCGUCUGUGCGCGCUGCCCCGCUGAGGGUGUUUACUGGGCGGCCUCUGGGAGUCAGUCAGCCCGGUAGACAGUCAUAAAGACAGACCGCUGCAGCACCGACACAGACACACACACACCGACAAGAUCGCAAUGGACUCGUCUUGGCCUCUAGUCUGUUCCACCCUGUUGCUCUGGGUUUUACUGAGCUCAGCAUCCACAGAUGAAGGCUUCGUUGGGCAGGUUGAAGUCACUUUUGACCUUGAGCAAGAAGGGAUGGAAGACGCCUUUCUCCAGAAAGAGGUGGAUUGGGCAGAUCUCUUCGAUCCCAAAGAGUUUCCCAUGCAGCGGAUAAUGGAGUCUCCACCAGAAAAGGUUGACACCCUGAGUGAGAGAGGGGGUUCCAGACCAAGACCAAGAGGGCAUCAACCCCGUUCCUUUGGGGGCCCUCCUAUAGACUACCCUGUUCAGUUUCCCCUCAGCCGCCCGACCCUCGAGAAUCUCAAAGCCAUCUGUGUCCACGGAGAGCAUCGUCCUCGCUACCCAGACUCUUACUUUCCUACCUCUAGUUUUGGUCAGCUGAAGAGACGGGCCAAAGCGGUCAACAACGCAGAGUCCUGGUUGAGCACAUGCUGCGAAAGGAACCAGACGUGGGAGAGGGAAGUGACUCUGUGUUGCGCCACACAGGCAUGGGAGCUGUCAGUCAAAUCCUUCUGUAAGGAAGACUCAUCGGUGAAGGAUCGUUUGUAUCACUGCUGCAGACUUACAGGCCGCGACAGGCUAGACUGCUUCAACAACGACUCUCCGAACCCGAACUACGAGCCCACAGAGGAGAUCCCGUUGCCACCGCUGCCCUCUACUAUCGACUUCACCUUUAACCCCAAAACUUGCCAGAGCACAGUGACUCCACACAGUGUCAGAGGAAAGAAGAAGAUGACACCAUCUACAUCGCAGAAAGUCGACAUCAAGUUUCCUCCUGGACGACCCACUGCAGAUUCUGUUGAGUCACUGUGUCGCGACCAGGCCCUUCGUCCCCGCUACAGUGUCAAGUGCCUGCCAGGUACAGGCUACGAGUGGCUGUCUCAUCAGGCAAAGACCAUUAAUCGAAUGGAGAAGGGAUUCAAACAUUGCUGCAAAAAGAAGCAGGACGUGCUCAACUGUGCUGAACAGAAGUGGAGUGAGGAGCUUAACAAAUUUUGCUCGGUUAAGAAAGGUGGAGAGUCGGAUUUCCACUGUUGUGUAGUUGAAGGAGCAAAUGAUCGACUCAACUGCUUCCACAACAUUUCUCCUGACCCUCAUUAUAAUAUGACUUCUGAGGAGAUCUCACUCGACAAAAUCUGCGACACUUACAAGAUCAUUAAGAAGAAGUUCCCUGUUGGUUUUCCUCUCAAAGGCUUUGUUGAGCAAUGCUGCCCCCUGCCUGAACAAGACAAGACCAUUUGUUCUAUGCAAAAGCUCGAGGAAAUGUCAGCGUCCUUGUGUUCAUCUGAGAAGGCCUCUGCUCCAGCCAUCCGUCGCUGCUGCCGCACGUCUUCACAAGAAACUCCCGACUGUAUAUCCAAAAUUCUCAUGGACGCCAUCACCAAAGCAACCAAGGUCUUACGUCAGAAGAAGAAGAAAAGGUGCCCGAUCUCCUAAAUCCUUUUGACCUUUUGCUGCUGAGCCUACUGGCACCUGACCAUUAGGGAAAUGGUAAAGCUCGUAGCAGAGGUAUCAUUCAGUCACUCAACAGAAAAAUGAUUGCAGCACAAAUUACACUUAGUCACUUCUGUGAGAUCAAAAGAAUAUACACAAUGUGGACCAAAUUCUAGCUUCUUCUGCUUUUGUCUGUGAUCACAUCUCAUCAUUUAUGUAUAAACAGAUUUAUUAAUAAAUGCACAGCUCAUUAAACAGAUGUUGUUACAGCUGUGUCACCAUUACCCCUGUUUUUAUUUGUUUCUUAUUUCUUUUUACUACAUUGCAUUUUCUUGAUUCUUUGGAGCUGCAAGAUCAGUUCCCUUUCAUUUUUUUUGUGUGGUUAAGAUCGUAUCUACAACAGUUCUAAUAAAACAUUUUUUAAAUAUA